AUGCGAACCACAUGUGAUGUGAUACGAGACGCUAUUUCGAAGGCUAAGAGACAAGGUGGUGAUGUUUGGAAACAAUUAUUUUCAGUAUCGAUGACUAUUUUAAAUCAACGCUUAGUGAGCGCGCCAGAAUGCGCAUACAGGUUAUGCCAUUUACCGUUGAAGAUGUCGUCGCGAAAGACUGUUUUUGUUAAUAGCUGCAGGCCGGAGGAACGAUUCAGACUUUUAAGAUUUGAUAGUGAUGAAACCAGUAUUUACAAUAACAUUUUUGAUCGUUAUGUAUUGCGCCCAAAUGAGCUGGAGGAUUUAAGUCUUGCAGAAUUUGCCGUCCGUUUCGAAACCAUUUCUAAUUCAAUAUGGUCAGAGGAAAAUGGUGAUGCGGAACUGAGAGACGAAGAAAUUACUCCAGUGAGUUUUAUCAGAUUGCGGGACAAUACAAGAAUGCGUGUAAGAAAUAGACCGGCUGUAUUACGUACGCGAUAUUAUACAAUUAAUAGUGAUAAAGAAGCGUAUUAUUACAGUUUAAUAGUAUGCCACAUUCCAUUCCGUAAUGAAGGUGAGUUACUGUUCCAGAACGACACCGCUGAAGACUGUUUUAUAAGACGUCAAAGAGAUCUUCGCCCGUUGCAGGGUAACGUAAACGCAGAACAAUUUAGUCAUGCUGAACAAAUUAUUCAACAGGCUAUUGCCCAAGCAACCGCCCUUAAUGCUGCGCGUGAAAUCGAUGUCAGCAAUGCUCCCAUGUUAUGUGUUGGUGAACAGAUGGUAAAUGACGAUGAUAACUUUUGUGAAGACGUGGGAGAACGAGCCGUCAUGUCAGAUGAACUAUUUCUAGAAAGCAUUCGAGUAUUAAAUAUCCAGCAGAAGAAU